UAGUAUUUAAAGGAGUACACUUUUGUCAAUUUUAAGCAUUGGCCAAAUAUUGAUGCUUAGUAGCAUCUACUUACAUCAAGUAUCCCCUUCUCUCUCGAGAUCAAAAAUAGCGCCGGCCAAUGAUAACGUUUAAAGUGCGUUGCGAGGACGCACGUGGACCAUGCAUAGUCUCGUGCGUCAAUCGCGCGUUCUUACAAUUAGUCCUACGAACGACGAAGCGGCUCAUGCUCCUCUAGUACUGUGAUUCAACGACGACAAGGUUACGUUGAUUCUACCCGCGAAAAGCAGCAUGGACGAUGAGUCGCCGAUGGCCACGUACCUAGGUCUAGACUUGAGCACGCAGCAGUUGAAAGCAGUGGUGGUUGAUAAUAACUUAGCCGUCCUUCACGAGACCAAUUUACAAUUCGACAAUGAUUUACCGGAAUUUAGAACUUAUGGAGGGGUCAUACGAAAGAAAGAUGAAUCACAUGUCGUAGUAGUACCUCCUCUGAUGUGGGUUAAAGCCUUAGAUAUGAUAUUGGACAAAUUACGCGCUUGCGGUGUCGAUUUUGGCAAAAUAGCAGCUAUUUCCGGUUGCGCGCAACAACAUGGCACGGUUUAUUGGAGCAAAGGCAGCCGCGAUCGAUUACAGCAUUUAGACCCGAUAAAAUUCUUACACAAACAAUUCGCUACAUCGUUUUCCGUGACUUACUCGCCUGUAUGGAUGGAUUCCAGCACGUCAAAAGAAUGUAGUAUUUUGGAGAAAACAGUGGGUGGUCCUCACAAAUUAGCAGAAAUAACGGGUUCACGGGCGUACGAGAGAUUUUCGGGACCACAGAUAGCGAAAAUAGCACGCACGAAGCCGGAUGCCUACUGCAACACUGAGAGGAUCUCGUUGGUGAGCAAUUUUGUCGCCUCCUUUUUUCUGGGCGAUUACGCGCCUAUCGAUUGGUCGGAUGGCUCGGGUAUGAAUCUGUUAAAUAUCCGUACAAAAGACUGGGAUGAUACGUUAUUGGAGACAUGCGCAUCGGGGCUUAAAGAGAAAUUAGGCGAGCCUGUUUCAUCGUACAGCAAUAUCGGUUCUAUAUCACCUUAUUUUGUAGAAAGAUUCGGUUUUAAUGAGAAAUGCAGAAUAAUUGCGUUUACCGGGGAUAAUCCGGGUUCCUUAAUAGGUAUGAGGCUAAAAGAAGGUGAUAUCGCUCUGAGUAUGGGUACGAGCGAUGCCUUAAUUCUAUGGUUGAACGAACCAAAAAUUAUAACAGACGGUCACGUACUGUGCAAUCCAGUGGACGAUAAGGCUUACUUUGCGUUAAUUGGCUGUAAAAACGGUUCCUUGACACGUGAAAGGAUACGGGACGAUGUCGCGCAAGGUAGCUGGCAGAUAUUCAACGAAUUAUUAGAGAGUACGCCGCAAGGAAAUCUCGGCAAUUUUGCUUUAUAUUUUGAUAUGCAAGAGAUAUUUCCCUUUGCCAUUGGAAAUUACAGAUAUAACAAGGCCAAUGAUGAAAUCCCUCGAUACACCUCGAAGGCAGUGGAAGUCAGAGCGUUGAUCGAGGGUCAAUUUGUCGCAAAAAGAGUGUACACUGAAGAUUCUGGAGUUAUUAUUGGACCAAAUACUCGGGUAAUUGCAACGGGUGGUGCCUCUGUAAAUAAAGCUAUACUGCAAGUGCUUUCGGAUGUCUUUAACUCGCCAGUAUAUAUCUCGAAAAUAGCUAAUUCGGCUAUGAUGGGUGCAGCGUAUCAAGCAAAACAUGGUUUACUACGAAAUAAAUACAGCUUCGAUGAAAUUACACGAUCUGCGUCAGAAUUGAUGCUGGUGUGCCAGCCUUACGAUGAUGCCGAAUCGAUUUACAAACCUAUGACCUUACGUUAUCGAAAAAUUGUGGAUCGGAUAUUAAAGAAGAGCGAGCAAAAGAAUGUAUAAAUUUUGUAUAAAAGAUCUAAAAAGGCAUACAAACAUAGCUUGAAAAACAAGCUGUUCUAUACAAGAAUUUGCCAACUUCAUUGUUUUGCUUGUUUUCGUGUAUCCAGCAAUCUAAAUAUCUAUGAAUUUCUUUGCUAAAAAAUUUGAAGAAAAAAAAUUUUUUAACAUAAUAGUAACUAUAAAAUUGCUUAUUCGAUCUAUAGCGGAUCUUGAGGCUGAAUAAUAAUUUUUUUGUGAAUUUAAUAUAUUUAACUCAUAUAAAUAGCUCGUAUAAACUGGGCUCGUACAAAAAUGUCAGUCAUAAAGCACAGUUACACUAUC